AUAGUUGCCAUGGAGUUGACCACUAGGGUGCAUGGUUUGUAAGGGGAUGGCCACCUGGAAAUGAAAAGUAGUAGUCAUAAGGCAGGAUGCCUUAAUUCAUGACUACAGUAUACUGCACAUGACUCUUUCUAAUUAAUUCACAGGAGAACAAAUGUUGAAGCAGAGCCUGUAAGAUGGAGAGUGGUUUGGUUUUAAGUUCUGAAAUCUGUUUGUACUGAUCCAAGCUCCAUUUCCAUGGGAACAGGAAGUCUAGUGCUCUCAUUUGUCAACUUCAGCUGCCUCCUGGCUUUGGGGAGAGUAAAUUGUUCCCUUAUGCUAACCCUUUCAAAAUCAAGAGUUGUGUUACAUAUUAACAGCUCUUUUUUUCUUUUUUAUGGAGACAAAUAAUAAUGACAGUUCUUUCAUGCAUUUCAUUUCUGGAAAAUGUUUAACAUUAACUGCUCAUAGGUCAGAUAUCUGAGUGUUUAGAGUUUAUGCCAGGUUACCUAACUUCUGAAUUGUCAUGUACAUAGUGAUAAUGUAAUAUAUAAGAUCAUAGUUUCUUUCCUGAUAUUGGGGGAUAGGAGGAGUGGUCUUCAUUAUGGUGUAGUUUUUACAGGUUGUGAAGCAAAUCCAGCACUUUAUGUAUCUAGAAGGAUCAAAUCUGACCUCUGCCUGCCUUCCCCUCAGUUCUUCUGUCAGCUGCUUGCAGUAACACAGGUCUGUUCCCAUGCUUUGCACCAGCCGUGGAAUAUACUGGCUCCAGCAGCAGCUUCUCUCUAAAGACAUCAGGAAUCUGCAGUCCAAGUGAGCCUUCAACAGCACCGUGGUCUGCCCUGCCUCUGUACGACAGAUUUGAGUUUGAGUUAUGCUUUUGCCAGCAAUGUGGAGCUUCCAAGCCUGGUCUAUGUGGAGUUCAUACCAGCACAAUGACUGUGCCAGCCCCAGGGUAAAGCAGGAAGUGUCCUUGUCAGCAGAGCUGUCCCUUAUGCCUGUAGCAGCAGAUUGCACUAAGCCCGCUGCAUAACCAGACAUCUCCAUCUAUCUUCACUUGCUGCUCCUGAGAAGAGACUGCUGCAUUAUCACUGCUGUAGCUGCAAGCAUGACUUGACUGAGUUGCAUUCAUGGCUCUUGGAUGAUUUGGUGAACCAUGGAGCUCAAAGUAUGGGUGGAUGGAGUCCAAAGAAUUGUCUGUGGAGUCACUGAAGUCACAACAUGUCAGGAAGUUGUAAUAGCCCUUGCCCAGGCUAUUGGGCGCACCGGGCGCUACACGCUGAUCGAGAAGUGGCGGGACACCGAGCGGCACCUGGCGCCGCACGAGAACCCCAUCGUGUCACUCAACAAGUGGGGGCAGUACGCCAGCGACGUGCAGCUCAUCCUGCGCCGCACCGGGCCCUCCCUGAGUGAGCGGCCCACCUCGGACAGCGUGGCUCGCAUCCCCGAGAGGACGUUGUACCGGCAGAGCCUGCCGCCCCUGGCCAAGCUGCGGCCCCAGAACGACAAGGCCAUGAAGAGGAGGGAGCCCAAGAGGAAGUCCCUGACCUUCACCGGCGGGGCGAAAGGGCUGAUGGACAUCUUCGGGAAAAGUAAGGAGUCCGAGUUCAAGCAGAAGGUGCUCAACAACUGCAAAACGACAGCGGACGAGCUGAAGAAACUGAUUCACCUCCAGACGGAGAAGCUGCAGUGCAUUGAGAAGCAGCUGGAGUCCAACGAGGCCGAGAUCCGGUACUGGGAGCAGAAGUACAACGCCAGCCUGGAGGAGGAGAUCCUCAAGCUGGAGCAGAAGAUCAAGAGAAAUGAAGUCGAGAUCGAAGAGGAGGAGUUCUGGGAGAACGAGCUGCAGAUUGAGCAGGAGAAUGAGAAACAGCUGAAGGAGCAGCUGCAGGAGAUGAGGCAGCGCAUCCUGGAGUGCGAGGGCAAGCUGAAGGACUACAUGUCCCAGAUACACAACAUGGAGAGCGGCCUCGAGGCGGAGAAGUUGCACCGGGAGGUGCAGGAAUCGCAGGUCAAUGAGGAAGAAGUCAAAGAAAAGAUCGAGAAGGUGAAAGGCGAAAUUGAUAUUCAGGGCCAGCAGAGUCUAAGGUUGGAAAACGGCAUCAAAGCUGUAGAAAGAUCUUUGGGCCAAGCUACCAAACGGCUACAGGACAGGGAGCAAGAACUAGAGCAACUGACGAAGGAGCUGCGACAGGUCAACCUCCAACAGUUUAUCCAGCAAACAGGAACGAAGGUCACAGUGCUGCCUGCAGACCCUGUUGAGGUGGAGGCCCCACCUGUGGAGCUCGAGAGAGAGCCGACAUUUCAGUCGGGGUCAUUGAAGCGCCCUGGAUCAUCGAGGCAGCUCCCCAGUAACCUUCGGAUUCUGCAGAAUCCCCUGUCGUCUGGUUUUAACCCAGAGGGCAUUUAUGUAUGACAGUAUAUACCUCUAGGAGAGGACCUAGCAAGGUGCCCUGGACAAGAUACACUUUUCUUUUAUUCUGCCAAUGAUCAAUGGAAGAAGCUUUUUUUUUUUUUUUGUUAAGCCACCCUAUUUUUUGUCUUCUUCCUCCAACACACUACUUGGAGCCAUACCUUGUGCACUGAUGCUGAAGAGGCAGAGGAACUGUCUCGGUUCAUAAUUGGCAAUGGUGAAGUUGCUGACACACACCUAGAGCGCAAAACCAAAUGAAGGUUUUUGCCACUUCAGAAGCGUUUGGGAAAGUAUUAUUCCAUGUAUAGGCAUAAAUAAAAGACUGAGGGUGAGGGAAACCAUGUAUGCAACUGAUUUGAGGUUUAAUUUAUUCCUUUUAAUCAAUGGACGUGUGAAUGUUGACCUUUUAUAUUUUUUGUUUUUAACUUGUGAAUAAUCAUGUAUGCUUGUACAUCAGUCUGACAAGGUGACUUUAGUUUGCAUGUACAAACAUCCACCGUUUGAUCAAGGCAACAACUUGCAGUGCGGAGGGUCGUGUUGUGUGCUGAACCUCUUAAAUGGUUCCUCACCACUGACUUUGUCCAUUUCUGUUGUCAGUCACAUGUCACGUUCCAUCCGUUGCUACCUUUUAAGGCUUGAAAAGUGAGUUUGUGGGAUUUACUUGCUGUUGAAUCUGCCUUGAGCGAAGCACCUAGUGUUCAAAAGACAUAUGGAAUUUAAACCUUAGCUUGGUAAGAAUAUUUCCAGCAUAUGAUUGAGGAUGCACUAGUUAGAUGAUAUUUUAUUAUAUAGAAUGUAUAUUUGAAAUAUUUUGCCACAUUGUAUAUGCCUUUUGAGAAAAGAACAAUGUAAGAAGUUGUCUUCAUAUAUCUUACCAAAAGAGAGUAAGAGGCUUUCACUGUGUGUGAUUUUUUACUUUAUUUCUGCCAAUAGCCAUUACAGUGUUCUUGUUUUGCAGUAAAUCAUGCUGUUGGAGGAGAAAAAACAAAACAACACAAAUGAGCAUCCUCUCCCAGCUUUCCAGAGUUCACUCACGUUUUGUGGAGGGAAGAAACCGGGGAGAGUCCCGUGAAGUGGAUAGCAGAGCUUCUACUGACUUGAGUGGAGCUAGGCCAAUUUCAUUCCAGGUCCCCAGUGUAAACUGGUAGACUUUAACCCCUUUGAAAAUGUACUGCUGCUCAGUCACUUACAGAACAUGAAGUAUACAAACAGAAAAUUAAAAGAUCUGGUAGAUGAUUUUUUAUUUAAAAAAAAAAAAACAACACAAAAACCAACAAAGAGGUCACAUUUUAUCUUAAUGUUACUCUAAUGCAAUCAAAGCUAGGUUUAGACAAAAUGGCUUCUGUUCAGAAAGAAAGAUUCUACCACGUAGCAUGUUGGGUAUGGGUCUUGAAGUUGGAUUGACAGCAUGCACACCAAGUUUGCAGAGUAAGUUACUGGCAUCAGUGGGACACCUGAUAUACGUUAGGAGGCUACAGCCUCAUGGAUGAGAAAGAGAACGGAUGGACCUUACGUAGUUGCAUUUGGAUUUCCUGUUCUAACAGCAGCUCAAACCAUCAUCCGCACAUUUGUGGUCACCUUGACGUGAGAGGGUGUCACAGUGCUGUCACUGCAGUAUUUAAUAUUUAGGUCUCCAGAGCACAAAAACGAAGAGGAAGCCCAGAGUUCAGUCAGUGGCAAAAUGACAAAAGUCCCAUUGCCUUUGGUAGGGUCAGAAUUUUACCACUGGUAGGAAACUCCAAGCUUUUUUUGCCAUAGAAAAUUUUUAACUCCUAGUAUCCUUUUGUGUUGAUUUACGGAUGUGCAGUUUUUCAGUUUCUUUCUUUUCUUUUUUUUUUUUUUUUUUUUAAGAAAAGGAGCUUCCUAGUCAUACU